AUGCUAACCAUUACACCACGGACACAUCUAUCUAUCUAUCUAUCUAUCUAUCUAUCUAUCUAUCUAUCUAUCUAUCUAUCUAUCCUAGUCUGUUAUCUAUCUAUCUAUGUUAUCUAUCUAUCUAUCUAUCUCAGUCUGUUCUUAUCUCUCUCUCUCUCUCUCUCUCUCUCUCUCUCUCUCUCUCUCUCUCUCUGUAUCUAUCUAUCUCACAUUUGCAUGAUUUCUUCUUCUUCUUCUUCUUUUUCUUCUUCUUCUUCUUCUUCUUCUUCUUCUUCUUCUUCUUCUUACCCUGACUCCCCAAGUUCCAAGGACACGGAAUUAUCUAUGCAAGUCCUCGCAUUUCGUUAUCUGACCAUUGAAGCACCGAUUAUUCUGUCGGUGCAGGCAGGUGAAGAGUACGCUUGGCUCGACAUCCAUUAUGCAACCUACCAGCGUUUACGCGCCUGUCAACUCUUAAAAAGGUUCCUGUCAUCAAAUGGCGGGACUUUCACGGCCCAUUCAUCAAACGAGCCAGACGCACAGAAGAGAGUAUUUUUCUCUUCUUUCCUGUCUCCUUUUUCUCUCGUUCUUUCUUUCCUUGCUCAUUUGUUCUGA